UGAAUGACGCGCAGUCCGCCUCUGUGCCAGAUUCUGUCGUCACUCGCUGCCGACUGCUUCACAAUUGGUGGUUGCACGUCCUCGGACCCACCACACGACGACCAUUAACGAUCGGUAGAGGAGGGCCCCGCGAACGAGAUCUACCUAGAUUUCCAAAUCAAUAGUGGUUAUAGCGCACUUCCCGCGCACAAUGACCUCGACGACCAUCCUUAUACCUUCAAGAAAAAAAGAACUUUUCCUUUACGCGUUCUUGACAGGUUUAAUAAGGAUCUCGCUCGUCGGCCACUACUUUUCUGCACUCGGUCUUCACCACCUCUACGUGCUUGGUCUAUCAAUGUUGGCACAACAGAUCCUCUGCAUGACUUCGGUCAACGAUGCUCUCUUCUCAGGUCGCCGGCCGAGCAGCACUUGCGUCCCACCACGACAAGUGUCUGUCAACGUGACUCGCAAAGACAGCGAUGUCUCCAUCAGAAUCUCCAAGCCGCCGCAAUGUGAGCAACGUGUCGAUGCCGAAGAAGCUGCAUGGGCAAUCCUUCAGCGCAAGGACUCUGCCAUCGAUGGCAUAGAUCUGCCUCCUCCACCCAAGACGAACGCCGCUCCUGUGCAAGCCUUACCACCAACUCGACACGUAACAUGGAGCACAGCGUCGAGCGUCUCAUCUGGCUCUUUCAUUGACCCAUUUGAAGGCUCUUCUCACAGCAAGCUGCCCGCCGACUACAAGCAAGCCUUCAUCGUCAAACGGGAUCGCUUCUUUUUGCAUCGUGCAGAAUGUUCGCCGAGCAGUCUCCAGGAAGAUCUGACAAACGUCGAAGCCAGAAUCCAAUCGAUCCUUUUCAGACAUAGACGACCUACUAUCACAAUUCGCAGAGAUCUCGCUUACUCCAACUUCCCGUUGCUGUGUGACAUGACGAGACGAGCCGUCAACAGUCGCGGCUUAUGUCUUGCUGGUUGCGAGACUCUCUACAUCGACAUAGAUCUUACUUCAACCGCACCCUCGUUCGAUGUGAUCCGAAACGUUCGCUUGAACGUCGACAACUUUACUCGCAUGCUGGCCGCCAGUAGCAAGAGCUCACCGCUCCCGAAGCUCCACAUCAGUUUCUCGACUUCAAGUCCCUCGACGAUUCGCGCCAGUCAUUUCGCGGUUGCGAUGGGACCUUUCUAUCGCCUCAGCAACAUCGAGCACGUGAACAUCGAAGCCAACCAAGCGAUGAAUCCCCUCACCGGAUCCUACGAGCCCAUCUUCGCUCGGAAGAGCAAUCGCCGCAACGGCGUCAGAGCGGCUCGAAUCUGCGCCGCCAUCAAGCAAUGCAUGACCUCACAGCAUCCUGCCAACGCCGAGCUCAUCAGCCAGCAACUCAUCUUCGACGUGAAGAUGGAAUUGCUUCACAUCGAAUCCAACGCCCUCCUCGAUUCGCUAGACCUCGAUUCAGACGAGGAGCUCCUCUUUGGCAGCCAGAAAGGCGACGGACAAGCCUCAAGCGGGGACGAUUCCGAUGGCACCAGCUCAGGCGAAGGCGGACAAUUCCACCAGAAGCGCCCUGUCAUCCUGACGACCACUGCUAAACCUCAAUCGCCGCGCGAUCGCCUCUACUCGCGCAUGACCUGCUUCGACACGAUGCCCGCAAGUAUCGCGCGCCGCAUCGACCUCGCGCUCGCCGACCUCCACGACCUGCACCUCCCUUUCACCAACCCUCGCCCCCAGAGCCCCUCCGCGUCGUCCUCCACACAAUCUCGCAUCCGCCACUACCCCCGGCAUCAACUACAGAAACCCCUCUCGCCGCCUCCACGCUGGCUGCAACCGCUGCAGACCGCCAUGCGUCUCGAGCGACCUUCCUACGCGAUCCUCACACUGAUGGCCGUGGAGUUGUUCCCCGGGGCGUCGUUUGCGAAUGCUCGCGCGUGGAUCGCGGGCGUCCAGCCUGCUCCGCUGCUGCAUGGCGAGAGGAACUGUUCACCGCCGAAAUUGGGCGAGGGCUGUGGUCUGGCUUGGAAGGAAGUCAUCAGUGGACUAUAGUAUGGAAGACGAGAAUGCCAUCGGAAGGGCGGAUUGCUGACAGAAUUGACAACGAACGAUGAUGAAGCGCGUGGUGAGGAGAUUUGAUUCUUGCGACUUUUGGGGAGGACGUCUCGGUGAAGUUUAUUUGUAUGCGUUGUAAGGACGAGAGGAAUUGCUUUGUUUUCCCGAUUGAUCACCUUUACCUCCUGAUCUUGU